UCUCACUAAAAUGUAUGUAAACAUUCCGCAUUGAGAAAAAUCCAGCAAAAUAACGGGCAUCUUCUCUCUCUAUCUUCUCUCUCACAAUAACUUUUGUAGUUUUUUACGGAGAAAAAUCCUCAGAACAACGGCUUGUAUUGUAGAGUAUUGAAUUGUAUAACAUCCUCCUUCCCUAAAAAGAUCAUUUAUUCUGAACCCAAUUUGCCAAAAAUUGAUGUAGUCUUCAGUCUUCACAGAUCUUAGCCCCUCUUUUUCUUGCGUAUAUAAUCUCUCAAAAAACCCAGAAAAAGAGGAGGGAGUGUUUUUUAUUUAUUCAAUAGAAAAGACAAACAAAAAUGGUGGUGAAGAUGAUGAGGUGGAGGCCUUGGCCUCCUCUGAUUUCAAGAAAAUAUGAGGUGAAACUCACGGUGCAGAGCCUUGAGGGCGGUGAUUGGGUUCAGGAAGGUGCAGAUAAGGAGAAUGGUGGGCUUGCAGUGGAGAUCAGGUGGAAGGGUCCCAGAAUUUCUUUGGGCUUAUUAAGAAGGACUGUGAAGAGGAAUUGCACAAGAGAAGAAAUUGUUAAAAGGGUUGAUGGGACAGAAGGUGGGAUUCUUGUGGAAUGGGAUGAAGAAUUUCAUAGUGUUUGUAAUCUUACUGGGUACAGGGAAAAUGCAUUUCAUCCUUGGGAGAUUACCUUUACUGUAUUGCACGGUUUGAAUCGUGGGGCAAAAAACAAGGUUAUUAUAGUUGGCUCGGCAUUUUUGAACGUUGCUGAAUUUGCUUCCAAAAUUGAAGAGCAAGAGCUUGAGCUUAAGAUUCCUCUGGCAGUUUCAGGCAGUACAGCUGAGACUAGCCCCUUGCUUUGUAUAUCUCUUAGCUUAUUGGAACUGAGAGUUGCCCAAGAAUCAACAGAGCCAGUGCAGAGGCAAAUAAUUCCCAUUUCAUCCCCUUUACCGACUGGAGAAACUUCCUCAUCGGAGAAAGAUGAGGUUUCUGGACUUAAAGCUGGUCUCAGAAAAGUAAAGAUCCUUACAGAAUAUGUGUCUACUCGAAGAGCUAAAAAGGCCUGCCUUGAGGAAGAGGGAAGCGAGGGAAGGGGCUCGGCUAAGAGUGAGGAGGGCGAGUACACUUAUAACUUUGAUUCAGAUUCACUCGAUGAAUUCGAGGAAGGGGAAUCUGAUGAAGCCAAGGAUGAUUCUACUGUUAGGAAAUCGUUUAGUUACGGGACAUUGGCUUAUGCUAAUUACGCAGGUGUGUCAUAUUACUCCAGUGUUAGAAUAAACAGUGAGGAUGAGGAUUGGAUUUACUACAGCAACCGUAAAUCUGAUGUUAACUGCUCGCACAAGGAGGAUCCAGUUUCUACUGUUUCUGAGUCAUCAUUGUCGCAGAACUCAAGACGUAGUAUUUUGCCUUGGAGGAAAAGGAAGUUAAGUUUUAGAUCUCCUAAAGUCAAAGGAGAGCCAUUAUUGAAGAAAGCUUAUGGAGAAGAAGGUGGAGAUGAUAUUGACUUUGAUCGCCGGCAGCUCAGCUCUGAUGAAUCUCUUUCUUUUGGGUGGCACAAGACUGAUGAAGACUCAAAUCCAAAUCGAUCGUCAGUUUCCGAUUUUGGUGAUGAUAGUUUUGCUGUUGGCAUCUGGGAGCAGAAAGAAAUAACAAGCCGAGAUGGACACAUGAAGAUUCAGACACAGGUUUUCUUUGCUACCAUUGAUCAGCGAAGUGAAAGGGCUGCAGGAGAAAGUGCAUGUACGACCUUAGUCACUGUGAUUGCUGAUUGGUUGCAGAAUAAUCGUGACCUCAUGCCCGUUAAGUCACAAUUUGAUAGUUUAAUAAGAGAUGGCUCCUCAGAAUGGAGGAACCUGUGUGAGAAUGAAACUUACCGGGAGCGUUUUCCUGACAGGCACUUUGAUUUAGAGACAGUCCUCCAAGCCAAAGACUGUGAUCUUAGCUUAGUUCCUGGGAAAUCAUUUAUCGGGUUUUUCCAUCCACAUGAAAUGGAGGAAGGAAAUUUUGAUUUUUUGCAUGGUGCCAUGUCCUUCGACAACAUUUGGGAUGAGAUUAGCUGUUUAGAGUGUUUUAACAGUGGGGAAGCCCCCGUUUUCAUUGUCAGUUGGAAUGAUCAUUUUUUUGUACUGAAGGUUGAAGCAGAUGCUUACUACAUCAUUGACACAUUAGUUUUUUUUUUUGCCAUCAUGAGGUCUCCCACUCCCCAAAAUUGCCUUGAGCCUUCCCCUAAACCACCCACUUCCCUGCCUUUGAGAUAUACCCAAUGGGACGAGGAGGGUCGCCAUGUUGCUAUCCCUACUUCCAGGAGAUGGAGAGGGAGAGGGAUAGGAAAUUAA